ACGCCACACUGCUGUUGUCAUUCACAGUCACUCGCCCAACGCAACCGAAAUGUGCUACAGAUACAGCUUCAUUCUGAUCAUCGCCAGUGCCCUGCUGCUGGCGAACAUCCUCGCAGCGCCGCCCUCCGAUGUGGUCGUGGAGAAGCAGGACUCUGUGUCGGGAGAGAAGCCCGUGGACGUGCCCGAGGACUGUCAUCAGCCGAAGGAGACGGGACGCUGCUUUGCUCUGUUCUAUCGGUAUGCCUACAAUGUGGAUACCCAGGCCUGCGAGGAGUUUGUCUACGGAGGAUGUGCCGGCAAUAGGAACAACUUUGAGAGCAAGGAUCUCUGCGAGCAGGCCUGCCUCGGCCGUGCGGCAGUCACCGAAAGCAUCUCUGUGACCACUGAACAGAGCAGCGACAGUGAAGUGACUACGGAGAGCAGCAUCAGCAGCAGUGCCUAAACUAUUGUUUGUUUUGCACACACUUACUUAGUAUAUAGAUUUAUUUAUGGCCUGCCGACCAAGCAAUUAAGUCACUUCCCAUCGCCCAUACCCCCACACACAAAUAUACCCACAAUACACACAGAAAAA